UUCUGUCACAUACAGUUGACAACGCGGCGGGAGCUGUUCAGUGUGUGUCUACAGAGCAGUAUUUCUUCCACCCAAAGAGCAGAUUUCCAGACCAGAUACGCCACAAAAGAUAAAAACUAUCAAGAAUUCCUCACAGCUGUGCACAGGACUGCCAAGAAAUGGAAGAAUUUGUUAAGCUUGAUGUAGGCGGCUACCUUUACACCACUCCACGCUCUACCGUCACUCGUUACCCUGAGUCCAUGCUAGGGAAAAUGUUUAGUGGGAGAAUACCGCCUGCCAUUGAUGCCGACGGGAGGUAUCUCAUCAAUGGAGACGGUUCCGUCUUUUGUCACGUCUUGAACUAUCUGCGACGGUCCAAGCUCGACCUCCCGGGAGAUUUUCAAGAUUGGGACCUGCUGGCUACAGAGGCGGAUUACUAUCGGAUUGAAGAUCUGAAAAAGGCAGUUAAGACAGCUAAGGAGGAGAUGGUGACCAAGGAAUUUGUGGAAGUGACAUCCUACCAUAACCGUGAUGGCCAAAUCAACGGUUACCGUGGGAGCACGGAAACAUUGCAUCAAUUAAAGUCUUUUUAUAAUCUUGGGUCCAUUGAGGUUUCAAAGAACAGUGGUGGGAACUAUUUUGAGUUUUUUGAGCGUACAUAUCCUCAGCGGUUGGAGAUUUUCAGGACAUUGUCGAAGCUUGGGUUCGAGUUGAAUACGGUGCGGAGUAUUGAUUCAAAAUAUUGUUGGACCUUCAGUCGUAAGGUCAGUGGGAGAAUACCGCCUGUUCGUGAUACCGACGGGAAAUACGUCAUCGAUGGAGACGGUUCAGUCUUUCGUCACGUCUUGAACUAUCUACGACGGUCCAAGCUUGACCUCCCGAGAAAUUUUCAAGAUUGGGACCUGCUGGCUACAGAAGCGGAUUACUAUCAGAUUGAAGAUCUGAAAAAGGCAGUGGAGACAGCUAAGGAGGAGAGGGUGACUGACUGGGGGACUGAGGGGAUCAAGGAAUUCGUGGAAUUGACUGCCCACCAGGAUAGUGCCGGCUACAUCAGCGGUUACCGUGGGAGCCAGAUACACUGCACGAAUUAG